AUGCACAGGACCAAGUACAUGUACAUGCUCGACCGACCCUUUCGAGUGAGUGCACCUGGAAAGCUCCAUGUCUCAGCGACGAAAUCGGCACCCGGCGCGAUAAAACCCGCCAACGGCGCCCGCACCUACUACUCCUCCACGGUCUCGUACCACGAGGCGGACGCCCAAAUGGCCGUCAGCGUGAGACACCCUCCGGAACAGCGGGAGCGUCAACCGGCCGUUCCUGGCAUGUGCUCAUGUGCGUUGCAUCCGGGCGACGCUGUGCGAUGCAUCGACAGGCAAGGCAGGGAAAUCUUCAAGGCGGGCCCUGACAGGUGCGCCGCCGCACGCACGGCCUUGACCGAACGCUCGGUGAACCUCGGGUUCUCGUUUCAUGAGUCGUGUGGCGAUCGAAGCGGCCGGCUGGAAUGGAACCUUGGAAGCAUUUUUCUGCUUCGCGUGCGCUGCGCGGCUCCGCUUGUCGCUGCCCAAGAGGCGCCCGUAGGGGCCGUAGCGGACCUUCAGGGUGAUUACAGUGGGGGGCUGAGGGGCAGCCGAUGCCGGUGCGAUGGGCGGGCGGCGCUUGGCUCCGGCUCUGGCGCCCGCCGCCGUGAACCUGGAAAAUUGUCAUGCAGGCCCGGAGGCCAGAUAGUAGGUUGGCGAUGA